UACACCGCCUGAGAUAGGGACAUGUCUUUGCACAGCGCUCUUCUUGCGGGGUAGGUAACUCAAAUGCUCUCGCCUUUGAAAUUAACUAGCAAUAACAAACAACCACCAUUGAUAAAUAAACAUGCACGUUAAAAUAUAGAUGCAAUCGCCAGCCGAGGGGGGGAAACCCGGCUUUUUUUUGGAUGCAAAAAUAUUGUGCCUUGUGUUUGCUGAAGGUGCAAUAAAUCCUGGUGACAGAAUGACUUUUUAAAAAAAGAGUCUCUUGAUUUCUGCAGGGUUUGCAAAGGCAUCAUUCAUCCUCCACUGCUGGUUUGGCGUUUUCUUUACCGAGAGGAAUACGGGAUUAUUUUCUUUUUUUUUUGAAAACCAAAACAGCUGUUCCUUUUGGGAUACUUUCUGAAUGCAUAAGGAGAACGCAGAUUUGUUUGUGUGUUUUUUUUUAUUGCUGUUGGUAAACUUAUAGCGCUCUACUUACUGGCGAACGAGAGAAAAAAUAAAGAAAAUCCCUGCAAGUGCUUUUAUUCUGUAGGAAAGUGGAGAAGAAGAGACGGGUGGAAUUGAUCAUCGCAAAUCAUAAUCGGCCUGGGAAGUGAUGCCGGGCACCUCAACGCGGCGGGCAACAUUUACAGCUUCAAUCGGCAGAUCAUUUGCACGUUUCUGGAUAAAACGGAGAGGAUGCAGAAGCAGUAAUGUGUCAGGGGGCAUUCGCGCUGAAUUCGACAUGGAAAUGUGACGGCAAUGUAUGCACAAGACAUUCUAGAUUGAAACUGAAAUAGUUCUUUUGUAAGGAGUGCAGGACAUUGGGUGGGGGGUGAGGAGGGAGAAAAUGACUUUAAGCCUGGGGAAAGUUUUUGUCCAACGUCGCCUGUGAUGGAUGGUACCAGAUCAAGAUACAAGGGUGCUUUGCCGAAUUGAGAGGAUAUAUAUAUAUAUUUCGCCCCACCGCGGCUUAUUUUGGGUGGGUUUUUGUUUUCUCUCGAGAGGUGUACGAGCUGUCGACUCGGAGCUGAUUAGCGGGGAGUUCUGAUAUUGGAAAUGGAAACUGGUUCAGAGUCGGCCCGACACCAGAGAAAGCUUGUAACGCACGGAUUGGAAGACCAGAAAAGGAUUUACACCGACUGGGCCAAUCACUACCUGGUGAAGUCUGGCCACAAGCGGCUCAUCAGAGACCUUCAGCAGGACAUCACGGACGGGGUUCUGCUGGCCGACAUUAUCCAGGUUGUAGCAAACGAAAAGAUUGAAGAUAUCAAUGGCUGUCCGAAGAAUCGAUCACAGAUGAUUGAAAACAUUGAUGUGUGCCUGAGUUUCUUGGCUGCCAAAGGGGUGAACAUACAGGGUCUUUCGGCAGAAGAAAUCCGGAAUGGAAAUCUAAAGGCGAUCUUGGGCCUCUUCUUUAGCCUGUCCCGGUACAAGCAGCAACAGCAGCAGCAGCAACAGCAGCAGCAACCACAGAAACAGCAGACACAGACACAGACACAGCAGCAGCCGCUGAAGCCACAGACGCAGCAACAGCCUGGGGUUGUGUGUCAGCAGCAGGGGGCCCAGCAUCACCACCCCCCACAGUCCCCGUGUCAACCUGGCCCUCAGCAGCAACCGCAGCCCACACCUCACCACCACCCCCACCACCACCCAGCACAGCAACAGCCGUGCCAGCAAAAGGCGCAGCUGGAAAUGCAGUCAAGUGUGUCAUCCAGGUUACCAUUCCAAAGCAAAAGCACAAGAAAUACGCCCUCUCAGAGAAAGACCUCUAGGCUUCCAGCUCCCACCACGAGAUUGUCAACUGCAGGCAGUGAGACCAAGACUCGUGUGUCCACCAGUGCCAACAACAACCGGCGCAGUCAAAGCUUUAACACCUUCGACAAGUCCAAGUCUGGCCACAACCCAUCGGCAAGCAAUGAGAAAGUUCCCGAACCAGCAGACAACACAGCGCAGCAGCCGGGAAUGAAUGAGAAUGUCCAGCCUUCCACAAACACCAGUGCCAGCGGAGGUACCACAGCCAUUCCCCAGCCCAACUCUGCCAAGCCCUGGCGUAGUAAAUCCCUCAAUGCCAAGCACACUGCCACGUCUUCCAUGUUAUCCGUGAAGCAGUCCCAGCCAGAGCCGCCCAAGCCGCCGGUUGAAGCCACGGCCAAGGCCAAUGCCAACAGCCAGAAGUCCAUGCUGGAGAAGCUCAAGCUGUUCGGCACCAAAGGUGGCUCCAAGGCCGGUGGUGUCACCCUAGAGAUCUCCGGCCCUCGCGACGGCAGCUCCGAGAGGCAGGACCCUUCCCCCAAAAGCACGGACAUCCAGGAGGUGGACGGCUCGGCCAAAUGCCUCGUUGGCCCCGCGCCUCCAUCCAACAGCCCGAAGAUUGCACUCAAGGGCAUCGCCCAACGGACCAUCAGCCGGGCGUUGAGCAACAAGAAAGGCUCGCCCAAGGCCAACGAGAAGGAGAAGGAGAAGCUGAAGGAGAAGGAGAAGGAGAAGGACAAAGGGAAGGAGGUCUCCAAGAGGGCCUCCGUGACGGAAAAAGUGGAGGCGGAGAAGGAGGUGAGAGAGGAGCCGCAGGUUGCCGCGUCGGUCAUGCCAAAAAAGCCCUCCAAGAUCUCCAGCAUGAUUCCCAAAGGCGGGAAGGUGAGCGGGGCCAAGAAGGACACGCCCGCGCCUCAGCAGAGCGGGAUACCAAAACCAGGGCUCAAAACCGCGGCGGGGAAGUCGGCGAGCGCCCCGCCGGCUCCGGCAAAGGACGGCGAGAGGCCGCGUAGUGGCGGGAAGCUGAGCGCUGGCGUGGCGCUGCAGAAAGCCCAGCUGGACAGCAAGAACUCCAGCUCCAGCAGCUUGGCCUCGUCGGAAGGGAAGGGGGCCGGGGGGACUCCCCCGCCAGCGGGCGGCGGCAGCGCGCAGGCCGCCACCACCGCCAGCACAACCCAAACCACAGUCAGUGUUCAACUACCUCACCCACAGCAGCAAUAUAACCACCCCAACACUGCUACUGUCGCCCCCUUCAUGUACAGGUCACAGACAGACAAUGAAGGAAAUGUAAUGACUGAAUCCGGCGUUGCGGGAUUGAACAUGGAUACCGUCCUCGACAGCAAAAACGGACAAGCCUGUAUUGAAGAACUGCCUGGGGAGGACCCAGAGACUCGCAGGCUACGGACCGUCAAGAACAUCGCCGACCUUCGCCAGAACCUGGAGGAGACGAUGUCCAGUCUACGAGGGACACAAAUCACCCAUAGCACGCUGGAGACCACAUUCGACGGCAGCGUCACCACGGAGAUCAGUGGCCGCAGUAUACUCAGCAUGACGGGGAGGCAGGCCCCGUUGUCGUGGCGACUGGGACAGUCCAGCCCCCGCCUCCAGGCAGGAGAUGCGCCGUCGAUGGGGAACGGCUACCCGGGGCGGGCCAACACCGGCCGUUACAUCCACCCCGAGGCAGGCCGCUACAUGUACGCCGCUCCUCUCCGGAGGCAGCUGGCCACGCGGAGCGGCAGCGGGUGUCACUCCGACGUCCCCGACAAGAGCGGCGAUGAGAUGGAGCUGGAGAGCGUCCACAUGGAUGUGGCCGGAUACAUGAGCGAUGGGGAUGUCCUGGGCAAGAACCUGCGGACCGACGACAUUGCCAGCGGAUACUUAACGGAUGGUGGCUUGGGUCUCUACACGCGUCGACUUAACCGCUUGCCGGACGGAAUGGCUGCCGUGCGAGAACACGUCCAGAGGAACGCAUCCAUAGGUGUGGGCGACGCAGACAGUUGGGAUGACAGCAGCUCCGUCAGCAGUGGAAUCAGCGACACCAUAGACAACCUCAGCACUGACGACAUCAACACCAGCUCCUCGAUCAGCUCCUACGCCAACACUCCGGCCACCAGCCGCAAAAACCCUGACAACCAGCUACAGACAGAUGCGGAGAAGCAUUCGGACAGAAACUCUACUUGGUCUGGCGAAGAGCUGAAGAGAUCAGACGGUGGGUCCGACAGUGGGAUUAAGAUGGACGCCAACUCAAAGUGGAGACGGAACCCAUCGGAUGUCUCCGACGAGUCGGAGAAGAGCAGUUCCAACAAGAAGGCAACGGUAAUUUCCCAGACAGGAUCGUGGCGUCGGGGAAUGACGGCCCAGAUCGGAAUCACCACACCCAGGGCAAAGACCUCCACCAACACUCUCAAGGGCCACGGUGCAGCCAAAACCGAUGACGUUAAGGUGUCGGAGAAGGGCAGGUUGUCUCCCAAGUUGACGAACGUUCACCGUUCCCCUUCGGACGCGGGCCGCAGCAGCGGGGACGAAAGGAAGAAGCCCCCUUCCAGCGCGCCGCGCUCGGCCACGGGGACGAACACGUUUGGCUUCAAGAAGCACGGAGGCUCGUCGGGAGGCAUCACCAUCAUCACGGCCAGUGGGGUCACCAUCACCAGCGGGUCGGCCACGCUGGGCAAGAUGCCCAAGUCGUCAGGCCUGGUGGGCCGAGGGUCCGGGCGGAAAGCCAGCGUGGACGGCUCGCAGAACGCGGAGGAGAGCUACCUUAUUCUCAACGGGCGCACCAACCUGCAGUACCGCAGCCUGCCCCGACCCAGCAAGUCCAACAGCCGGGGGACCGGCAACAGGUCCAGCACCAGCAGCAUAGACUCCAACAUCAGCAGCAAAUCGGCCGGGAUUCCCGUCUCGAAACUGAAAGAGCCGUCCAAGGCAGCCUCGGGCAACCCCAUGCCUCUGUUACCCAACCAGACGGAUAGAGAGAAGGGUGUACAGUCUGACACGGAGUGUGUGCCUUCAUUGAACUCGGCCAAAGCCAAUCCUUUGCAAAUUGCAGCCAACAGCACUCAGGGUACUCGACAGCAAGGAUCCAAAUACCCUGACAUCGCUUCCCCCACCUUACGCAGACUGUUCGGGGUCAAGCCAAGUGCCAAGCAAGUGCCUGUCACAACUGUGGAUAACAUGAAGAACUCCACUGUCAUUUCCAAUCCCCACGCCACGAUGAACCAGCAGAGCAGCCUGGACUCUCCCCCCUCCUGCCUGGGCAGCGGAGGCAGCAGCCCGCUCUACGGCAAGGCCUCGGACAUGAUACAGUCCCCCCUGGCUUCCAGCCCAGCUUCGCUCCAUUCCAAUGGGGCUCCCUGGGGCACCAGCCUGACCAGCUCCUCCACCAUCAGUAAGGAGGGCCCUGGAUACCAGUCGAUAAGCAGCCUGCACACCAGCUGUGAGUCCAUCGACGUGUCUCUCGGCAGCAACGGUGGUGGUCUCAGCCACCACAACUCGUGCGGCGGGCUGAUGCCUUCCUCCAAAGAUGAGUGUCUUACUCCUUUCGUCAGGACCAGCAGCAUUAAGGCAUCGUUGCCUGAAAGUGAUCCACAGCUUGAUAGGAAUACCCUGCCUAAGAAGGGAUUCAGGUACACGCCUUCAUCUCAAACGCGGAACAAUGAGGAGGCUAAAGAGUGGCUGCGUUCACAUUCCGCCGGUGGGCUUCAGGAGAAUAUCAACAAUUCACCCUUUUCACCGGGAUCCAGCAUCACGUCACCCUCUGGAACGAGGUUCAACUUUUCCCAACUAGCGAGUCCCACCACCGCGGCCCAGAUGAGCCUAUCCAACCCCAGCGUGCUGCGAUGUCACAGCGUUUCCACGCAGGACGGGUCACACGAUCCGUACAGCGAGGCCCGGUUCCGCAACAGUUCCAUGUCCCUGGAUGAGAAGCACAGGACAAUGAGCCGCUCCGGAUCUUUCCGGGAUGGAUUCGAGGAAGUUCAUGGAUCUUCCCUCUCUCUGGUCUCCAGCACCUCCUCCAUUUACUCAACUCCCGAGGAAAAGUCACAGUCAGAGGUCCGUAAACUUCGCCGAGAGCUGGACGUUUCGCAGGAGAAGGUGGCAGCGCUCACUACGCAGCUGACCGCUAAUGCACACCUUGUAGCAGCUUUUGAGCAAAGCUUAGCGAAUAUGACAGGGAGGUUGCAGAGCUUGACGAUGACGGCAGAUCAGAAGGAUUCUGAACUUAACGAAUUGAGAAAGACCAUCGAGCUGCUGAAGAAGCAGAAUGCUGCUGCCCAGGCAGCGAUAAACGGAGUCAUCAACACACCUGAGCUCACCUGUAAAGGAGGCGGCAGCUCUCAGUCAGCAGAUCUAAGGAUUCGCCGGCAGCAUUCAUCAGACAGCGUGUCCAGCAUUAACAGUGCCACCAGUCACUCCAGUGUGGGCAGCAGCGCGGAGGUCGACUCCAAGAAAAAGAAGAAGAAAAACUGGGUAUAUGAGUUAAGAAGCUCCUUCAAGCAAGCUUUUGGCAAAAAGAAGUCUCCAAAGUCUGCUUCAUCUCAUUCGGACAUUGAGGAAAUGAACACACCGGACUCGUCCUUGCCUUCCUCGCCCAAGUUUCCACGUAAUGGAUCAACUCCGUCCACCCCAGUGAUGAGAACAUCACACUCCAACUCACUCAUCUCAGACUGCAUCGACGGAGAGGCUGAGACCAUCAUGCAGCUGCGAGGCGAGAUGCGGGAGAAGGAGAUGAAGCUGACCGACAUCCGUCUCGAGGCUCUGAGCUCAGCGCAUCAACUUGACCAGCUCCGCGACGCUAUGAACAGGAUGCAGACGGAAAUUGAGAAGCUGAAGGCCGAGAACGACCGACUGAAGUCAGAGACUCAGGGAACGUGCAGCCGGGCCCUGUCACAGCUCUCCAUCUCAUCAUCCCCACGCCAGUCGCUCGGCCUCUCCCAGCACAGCCUGAACCUGACAGAGUCCAACAGCCUCGACAUGCUACUGGAGGACAACGCGGACGGCAUGAACCGGAAGGAAAGCAGACAUGUGAAAAUAGUGGUCUGCUUGCAAGAAGAGAAGAGAUGGAAAGAGCAGGAAUCACGGAUGAGAGAGUACAUCGUGGGCUGCAUUGGUGUCAGUGGGAAGACUAAGUGGGAUGUGUUGGAUGGUGUUGUGCGUCGUCUAUUUAAGGAGUACAUUAUCCAUGUGGAUCCAGUAAGCCAGUUGGGGCUGAACUCGGACAGUGUGUUGGGCUACAGUAUUGGGGAUAUCAUACGCAUCAACAACGUGGACACACCCGAAUUGUUACCCUGCGGCUACUUAGUCGGAGAGAGCAACACAAUCACUAUGUCCCUGAAAGGUCUGUCAGAGCACAGUUCUGACUCCCUCGUGUUCGAGACGCUGAUUCCCAAGCCGAUGUUGCAGCGUUACAUCUCCCUGCUGACGGAUCACCGCCGCAUCAUCCUGUCGGGACCAAGCGGUACCGGCAAAACCUUCCUGGCCAACCGCCUCGCCGAGCACAUGGUGCUGAGGGAAGGCAGAGAGCUGUCGGACGGAAUCAUCGCGACCUUCAACGUGGAUCACAAGUCUUGCAAGGAACUCCGGCAGUAUCUGUCGAACCUUGCGGACCAGUGCAAUAGCGAGGUCAACGCGGUGGACAUGCCAAUCGUGAUCAUCUUGGACAACCUGCAUCAUGUUGGCUCACUCGGCGAGAUCUUCAAUGGCCUUUUGAACUGCAAGUACCAUAAAUGUCCUUACAUUAUUGGCUCAAUGAACCAGGCGACGUCAUCCACUCCUAAUCUGCAACUUCAUCAUAACUUCAGGUGGGUGCUGUGCGCUAAUCACACCGAGCCAGUGAAAGGUUUCUUGGGCCGCUACCUUCGCCGGAAGCUGAUUGAGACCGAGAUUAGUACGAGAACGAGGAACACCGAGCUGGUGAAGAUCAUUGAUUGGAUUCCCAAGGUGUGGCACCACCUGAACAGGUUCCUAGAAGCCCACAGCUCAUCUGAUGUUACCAUUGGUCCUCGACUGUUCCUGUCUUGUCCUAUGGACGUUGAUGGCUCGAGGGUUUGGUUUACUGACCUGUGGAAUUAUUCCAUCAUCCCAUACCUGCUGGAGGCAGUGCGAGAGGGGUUACAGCUGUAUGGACGAAGAGCUCCUUGGGAAGACCCAGCCAAGUGGGUGAUGGAAACGUACCCGUGGGUUGCUACCCCCCAACAUCAUGACUGGCCCACUCUCCUCCAGCUGAGGCCCGAAGAUGUUGGCUUUGACGGUUUCAUAACGGGCCGCAACGGUAGUUCCAGUAAACAGGCACAGCAGAGCGAGGCGGAGGGAGACCCCCUUAUGAACAUGCUGAUGCGCUUGCAAGAAGCGGCAAACUACUCCAGCCCCCACAGUUACGACAGCGAUUCCAACAGCAACAGCCACCACGACGACAUUCUAGAUUCUUCUCUGGAAUCCACGCUCUGAUGGAGCCAAAUAAUUGCCAAAUUAAUCCGUCACUUCUGUCCGACCCCUCUCUGAGCAGCUUCUGCGGAAGGUGAGUUCUCAGAAGAAGAACAACAACCGACCAUUAACUGUGUUGGGCAGAAGCCUUGGUUUAUAUAUAUAUAUAUAUAAAAAAAAUAUGGGGCUUUGAGUACAGGACACUUUAACUCAAUUUUAAAUAUCGUAACUCCAUUGGGUGCAGGUAACCUAUGGGGAGACUACAUUCUGGGUUUUCACCCUGGCCUGUUUUGUUAUAUAAAUGAGAACUGCACUAUUUCUUCAGUUGUGCCAAGCCAAUGAGGAAAUGUUGUACUCCGUGUGUAAAACUAGUUAAAAACCUGAUUUUCAAAGGUAAGGAUCUGAUAUCAAUGUGCCAUGUACUGCCCUGAAAAUAUAUAUCUCGUGCUGCUGUUCCUAGACCGACAGUCAGCAGACACUGGACAUUUCAAACGACUUCUUCAGACAAUGAAGGAGAGCGAGGGACGUGGGCGGUGGGGUGGGUGGGGUGGGGCGUGGGUUGGUGGGGUAUAGGUGGGGGAAUGCAGGAACGCUCUCCUCCACUGAAGGCAAUUCUGGUGCUACACAACCCAUCGCCCAUGCCGCCCACUAGAGUUUGGCUGGGUUUCAAAGACAAGCCGGCGCAAGGAAGUCUGGUCUCGAUUCAAACCCACGGGUCUCCGCGCACCUAGCGAGCGGGAGACGGUCGGGUUGCUUCACCUCAAAGACCGGCGGACGAAAGCACGGGGGGGGGGGCGGUACAUCGCGAGACCACGAGAGACUAGUUCUGGGAGCGCUUGGCUGAGCCGGAGGUCGAUACUGAAGGGCCCCAUUUUCUCCUCCUCUCACUUUCCUUAUUGGGAACACACGCAUACAGACGCACACACACACACACAUACACGCACACAAACCCUCAUGGCCAGAUCAAGAACCCUGUACGUACAACAACUGGGACUUGAAAAUGGUGCCAAACUGGCGACUCUGUAUACUGUCUACUGUACUACUGCUGUACACUUGUACUGUAUCUGAGAUGCUUAUCUAAGAUGUAUCUAAAUGCUUAUGUGUAGUGAUACAUGUACUGAACUGUAUACAAAAAUGAAUCUCCCUGUACCUGGGUACAUGAGACAAAUAAAGUACCAUAUACACGCAGGGAGAUGCACACGCAUACAUGCACACACACAGAUAUUCACCCAGGCACACAUGAAUUGGCAGACACAUGCACACUCGUGCACACACUUGCAUGUACACACAGACGUAGGCAGACGCACGCUCAUGCACACACACACAUGCACAGAGAGAUAUUCACACACACGCAUGCACAGACACAUGCACACACACAGAUAUUCACACACACACACACAUGCAUACACAUGCACACACGCACACACAUAGGCAGACACACACACACACACACUCGUACACACACCUUGAUUGUCACUAAGGCUUGUCUCCUCACCAGGAGCAGUUAACACCUCCACUGGAGUUGCACUUUGUAUCUUUGCAAAAACAUGAAAGAGAAGCUGGAUUGAGCUGUACCUCAGCGAAGAAACGCAAUUCUUUAGCCAAAUCCACGCAAGCCUUUUUUUACAACAACUGGUGCUGGAAAUAUACGAUGCCUUACUCUUGCUCUCUCUCUCUCUCUCUCUCUUCUGUACUGGUUUUCCAGUCGCUUUCCGUCACUAUAUAUUUUGUAUUGUUUCUGGAAAAAAAAAACAGGGCUGUAAUUUCAUUUCAAGACGUUGCUAAGAGUCGACUUGUUUCGUUUUCGUAGUCAGUGUUGUUUCAAAAGAUAACCGAGUCGUACGUUGUAAGCAAGACUAACCAGGAGAAAUGUCAAUGAUUUCUCGUCCCGUGAUCAGUCUGCGGCUGUUUGUAUUGUAACCCCAUCGACUGCACUGUUUUGUCCAGAGGUUAAUGCUGUCAAUGCAAGUACA